UUUCGAUUCUCGAAGAUGGAAAACCCAGAGCAAGACCUCCCUAGAAUCGUGCAUUUACUCACUUCCUCCAAAGCUGCAGUUGUUCUCCAUGAGACUAUCAAGCGGUACUACACUCCAGACGCGUCCCUCCGCCACCCGCUCAGCAUUGUUGAGUCUGGUCCAACCUCCCGAGAUAAGGUGUUGGGCGUGUACGAGUGGUAUCGUGUCAUGAGUCCUGGAACAGUAGCUACGAUCAAUGAGUUCGUAUAUGACAAGGAAAGCAAAAUUGCGUAUCUUGAUGUUUCUCAAACCUUCAAGCUUCGGCUCGUUCCCUCCCCGGUCAGACCCUCUCGACUCGUAACCCGCCUCAAACUCGUAGAACAGGACAAACUUCUGUAUAUCAAGGACCAAGAGGACUUCUUCCAUCCAGAUGAUAUGAUGAAAUACACUUUUCCAUCAUUGGCCCCUAUCGUCACACUCUCCCUUCGAUCCGCAGCAAUU